CAUGGCUCUCGUUUGGAAGUGCUGGUAUAGUUUUACGAAGAAAUAUUACUUUCAUAAUUCGAGUUUUCUGUAACAUGAGUAUUACAUGGAUUAAAAUAUACGCAAAUGGAACGUGUUUUAUUUUUACUUUUUGUAUUUUAGUUUGAGUAGUCCUAUUAUGAUACACUAUUUAUUGGCUGUCUGAUAAAGGAAUUAAGGUUAACAUGAACGUAUUUCAAAGUUGCAAUGACACAAGCGAUGCCAUUGAAUUAUUUCCACCUCAGUCUUUGUAUUUGAAGGCAAUCGCACGGCUGAACAUUUCUGUUCAACUUCCACAAAUGAAGCUUCCGGGGAAAACAAUUUCAAAUUGGGAAGUGAUGGAAAAGCUCAAAAGUAUGACAAGACCAGAAGAGUUCAUAGCAUUGAAAGUUUCCAAAAGUACUUUAGAAUUCAUCAGAUUUGAAGCAGAAAUUGACAACAAAUCAAAACUCACCAGCGUCAUAGCUCGCCUAGAUACACGAACAAUAAAACUGUCAGGUUUCUCAGAACCAUUGAAAAUACGUGCAGCUGAAGCAAAGAUACCUUUCCCCACAAGGCACACGUGGGAUUCAUAUUUUCGUGAUGCCAGAAACAUGAACGAAAUGAAACCAGGAGAAAGGCCAGAUACAAUACAUAUAUCCAAUUUGCCCUGUAAAUGGUUUGCUACUAAGCAAGAUAAAAAUAAAGGUAAUGACGUACCGAGUGAAUAUCUUUUUAGAAAAGUGUUUGAAGUAUUUGGAGAAGUUAGAUGUGUGGAUAUUCCAAUAGCAGACCCAUAUCGAAACAGAAUGAAAUCUCACAUAUCUGGGAUGAAAACAUUUUCCUUUGGACAAGAUCUUGCUUUUGAAGGUUAUGUUCAGUUUAAAGAAUACAUAUGCUUUGUAAAAGCAAUGGAUGCACUUCGUGGAAUGAAGUUGUUGCAUAAAGAAGGUGACAAGGCAUAUACUGCAAAUAUUAAGGUUGAUUUUGAUAAGACAAAACAUUUGAGUGAUCCUGCUAUUCGACGACGUAGAGCUGAAAGAGAGAAGUUAGUGGCCCAAGAAAGGGAAAAGGAGGAAAGAGAAAGGAAAGAGCAGGAGCUUCAGGAACAGAAGAAGGAAGAGGAGAGGCUGAAAAAGUUGGAAGAAAAACGCCAAAGAGCACAAAGACAAAAGCAAAGAGAAGAGAAACGUAAACACAGGCAACUGAUGAAGUUAAAGGAAAAAGAAACACAGGAAAUGAAUAUGAAAAUCGCAGUUGAGGAAAGAAAACUCCUUAUAGCACAAAGAAAAUUGGAAAGCAUUCGGCUUCUUGAUGAACUUUUUGAAAGAGUAAAGGUUAAUAAACAAAAAGAAAUGGUUAAGAAAAAGGGAGAGACAUUUGGAAGGAAAUCAGUUAAAGACAAACAGAAGAAAGGAGUGAAGCUGAAGAAAAAAAAGGAAAAAGAGAAAAGUAAGAAAGAUAAAUUGCAGGACAGGGAGCGAGAACUGCGUACAAAGUUAGUGAGGAAGUACAAGAGUGCACAGGAGCAACAGUUAGAGGAGCAGAGGGAGAAAUUGCUUCAGACUAUUGAGGGUAAGAACAAGUUGCGUAGUGUAUUGGCAUCAACCAGCAAGAAGCCAGACCAGUCGUCAGAAUCUAGCACUGCCUCCAGUGCUGAAGAGAAGGAUAAGUCUUCCAGUUCAGAUAGCUCUGAGCUGAUGUCAGCCAAAGAACGGAGAGAAACCAGCUGGAAGGAGAAACAAGAUUUUGAUGGAAAAAACUAUCUUGUAGUAUCACAGUAUAAGGACAGACACUGGUACCAGAAUAAACAUUACUGUGAAGAUUCACAGAGGUACAUAUAUCCAUAUGAUGACAGAGGGGGUCCUCCUGCAUGUCAAGAUUUCUUUAAGAGCUAUCAAAGGUUUCCAAAUCAUAAUCUCAGAUUUCAUCAUAGAGGUGGAUUUUAUCCUCGUAGGCGAGGUUUCUAUUUUCCUCGGUGGCAGAAGUACUCUCGAGGUGGACAUGGGUCAUACCAAAACUUCCAGAAGCAAGGCUUUGCUUCUGAUCCUUCGUGUUAUUAUGAUAAUAUGACAAAUGACUACUAUCGAUACUUUCAGAAGUUAGCCAAAGGAGAUAAAGGAGAAGGAUCAUCAGACACACAGUCUCAGGAUUCUCAGUCCAUCAGUCAUUCACAUUCUUCUAAACAUUCACGGUCAUCUCAUUCAAAAAGCAGGUCAUUGUCUAGGACAAGAUCACGCUCAAAGUCUGGAUCCCAAUCCAGAUCUUCGUCUAGCACUUUGCCAAGUAAACGUUUCAGAUCACAGUCAAGAUCUUGGUCACAGAGAAAGUCACGAUCGAGAACUCGUUCACAUUCUAGGACUCAUUCAAAGACUUGGACCAGGUCACCAUCAAAGUCUGUGACACAUUCAAAGUGGAAUGAUGGUGUGGAAGAGAAAAGUGCAAUGGUUGAGUCAGUAACUCAGUCAAAAGACAAAAGAACACUGAGACAUGCUCAUAGCAAGAAGAAGCAACAUAAACAAGAUGAUACGUGCAGUGACAGUGACAAAAUUAGAAUGAAACAUAAAAGGUAGUAGGUACAGUUUGCAAAUAUAAAUUAAUUCUUGUAUCCAAAGCCUUAAUGUGCUCCAAGAAUGUGGCGCCAUGUGUUUAUUUUCCCUCUGGUAAGUAAAGUGUGACAGUUUUAUAAGAAAUUUGUUAGUCCAAUUUGUACGUGUAUGCUGUUUAUAACUAAGCAUAAUUGUUUUGGAAAUGGAAAUUUUGUUAAUUUUUUUAUGAUCUUUUCAAUGAAGUUCUGUGAGACUUUUCAGAUUCCUCCAUAGACAUUUAAAGCACAUCUUGUGUUAUGUAGAAAGAUACUGUACCAGGCUUCGUAUAUAAGAACAAGUUGAUGCUUUGAAAUUUAGAGACUGCACUUACUGGCAUUUUGACUCCAGGUUUGAAGAUGUUGCUGUUUCAUAUCCAUGUUUUAAAGUUAAAAGACAACCCUGAAUGAACUUACAGUCUAAGGGCAUAGUUUGCGGCUCAUUUAAUUCAAAGAAUGAAAAUUUGAUCAGAAUACUUCUUCACGUAAUUUGGCUGAUACAUUUGUAUGGACAUAUAGCUUAGAUAAUUGGAUUUCUCACUCCAGAAGUCUUGGUUCAGUCCCAGUUCAGUCCAUCUGAGAUUGUUGUGGACAUAAUGUCACUGGAUUUGGUUUUCUUCUAAGUACUUCAGUUUUCCCCUUCAGCCAGUGCUUCAUUUUGUCAUCUGUUGCUUGGUGCUGGUACAGUUGACUCAUUUUCAGCUUAAGCAUCAAGUGACUCUGACUCAUCCUGCUGCAAUGAUGAUGAUGAUCAUCAUCAUCAUAAUGAUGAAGAAGAAAAGGGUAAAUUGAUAGACCAGUGGAAUAAGUUGAUUCCACUUACUUUGUUGUUCAGAUCAAAACAUACAAAGCAAUGAGUAUGGCGUGAUGGCAGAAUAUCAAUUUGUUGAAGACAAAUGGCUGUACAAGAUGCAAGGAGUCAUUUGGCUUAUGUUGAAAUGCUGUUAGGCCUACAAACAACAGUUAAGAAAAAACAAGAAGAUUCUUCAAAUACCAUUGUGAAAAAUAUAUGUUGUGAUUAUAAGUCUAUUGUGUCUUACAGGUUACUAUAACAGACAUUUUCUUUGCACCAUUAGAUCACAUGUAUGAAUUUAUCAUCCCCAUAUUAAAGAAGAGUGCCAUAUUAUGGCUCAGAGUAUUUCAGGAAAA